UACCGGACUGAGCGAGCGUCUAAGGGCACAGGCCGCGGCUCCGAGCAGCGAGCGCUGGUACGCGGGCGGGCAGGCGCGGGGGCGGAGCGGGCCUUUCUUGAACCUGGAAGCUGGAAGCUGGAAGCUGGCAGAGACUCUCUCGAGCGAUCGAGAGAAGCAGAGAGCGCAGGCGGCGUCGAGCCUUCUUCUCCCGAGGGAGAUCGACGACGAGCUGCUCGCGCGGCCGCUUCGAGAGACCGAGAGCGGGGCUCGCAGUCGCAAUUCUGCGCCAAUUUGGUGUUUGAUCGAGCGAGCAAUUUUGAGCUCGUUCGGAGGAGAGGAGGGAAUCGCGGGCCGAGAUGGAUGGGGUGCUCAUGACGCUGAUUGGAGCUGGUUGAGUGGGCUGGCGGGCGGGCGCUCCGGUCGUGGUCUCGACUUGACUUGACUUGUCUUGUCUUGUCUUGUCUUAAGUUGAAUUGGCUCGAAGUUGUUGAGACGUGGAUCUCGGUGGGUGGAAUCUGUUACCGGUUUCCAGAUGGUUGAGAUGCGAGCGGAGGUGAUUCCACGGAAUGCCUGUGGCUCGAGUUUGGUUGGAGUGCUGCGAAUUCUUUGAGAUUGAUGAAUCUGAAGUCGAGCUCUGGGAGUGAUUCCGCCUGCUGCUUUUCAGCCUUGGGUUGUACUGCUUGCUCUCAGGAUGCCGAGCUUGUUAUGCCGAUCCUGUUGUAAAGGCGGGUUGAAAAUUCCGCGACGGCAACUUCCAGGAUUUUCCGAUGAAGAUCAGCAUUUGCAGCAGUUGCAGCAGCCCGAGCCGGGUGUCGGCGGAGCUCCCGCAUAAGAAGCGGGGAAUGUGAAAGUGCUUAAAUGACAUGGGUGGAGAUUGAGGAUUUAUCUGAGAAGCAGAGCAAGGUCGUGGUGGGAACAGGCGUCGAAUGUUCGUGCUAUUGUGGAAGUGAACCGAGAUUCUAGACUGGCGAAAUGGUUCGUGCCUGCGAAUGGCGGGAAGGAGGGGCAUUCUCAUGAAUGAAUUCCGACUAAUGCUUCACGUCGUUUGGAAUUCAUCACGUGAUUCUGCGUCGCGACCUGGACCCUCGUUUUACCCACGUUCACGCUGUGCGUCAUGAAGGGGAAAGAGCCAAUUUAGAUAUGAUUGGCGGCUCACAGGAUUCGACGCGAUUGGCGUCGUUUGAAUACUCGUUCAAGGAACCUUUGAUGAAAAGCCAUGAGAUCCCUCAGUAGCGCAUUGAAAAGUGUAGGAGGCUAGGCGGUCGGAACAGGACUGGAAAGGGCAUUGUUUGUAGGAUUGCGAGAAAUUUGCUUCCGUACGCUUGAGCGCAUUUCUUGUAGGCACAGUUGAGGCGUCACUAGAGGGAAAAGCCUUCGGGAAAAGGAAUAAUAGUGUCUGCUUCGGAAAAUUGUCAGUCCUCUUCUUGCGUCAAUUGCUGAAUCAGAAACGAGGCCUGCCUUGUAGCUGAUUUCGCUUGCUCCAAAUGACGACUCCCAAAGCUAAGCUCUAUCAGAUCUUUCAAUUCGGGGAAGGACUGAAAUUCCAAACUGAACCUGUCUUGAAUACAUCCAAAGUCGAAGCAGAUGUUCUACCUGGCAGCACUGCAUUCUUCAAACCGAACCACGCGGUUCAAUUUCGCUGCACAUUGAGUCUUCCAGGUGGUUUGACAGUGGUGUCCGACCUUUUCCCGCGGAAGAAGGAUGCUGAGCAGCAUGCCUCCAAACAAGCUCUGGAGCAGAUGAGUGUGCAACUUGCCAAGUCACCAGAUGUCCUCACGACGGACGAAAAAUGGGAGAAUUUGCGAGCCAGGAUCAUUGCUACCUUUACCGAUAAGAAUGUACAGAAUUACAAUCCCCUUCGCCAACAUUUUAAGGCAGCCGUGAAGCGCGAGGGAAGCCGAUAUGGGCAGGUACCACUAUCUGCUAUCGUGACGCUGGAUACCAAGAUCCACAGUCUCUGUAAACUCAUCGAUCGUAAAGCUGAAACCAACCCCGCCCACGCUAUGGCUUUGCUAUGCAAGGCGGCAAGGAAUUGCCCGUCCGUGAAGAUCGACACCGAUACACUUUGUCUAAGUCGUGAAGAGCCAUAUUCACCCGAACUUGUACAAGAGCUUGUCAAGACAAGACGAUAUAACGAGGAAAUAGAGGCUGCAGAAUCAGAGAAACCAGAAACUAAUCUCCAAUUUGUAGCUGUUCACAUACCCUGUUCCACCGAUACGCCUGGAUUCGCUGUAAAUCUGGUCGUGAAGCCGGAAGAGUAUUAUCUGGACGUGAUAGCCCGAGAGCUGGGCGUGAAAGAUGGUGGAAGGGUUGUUUUUUCAAGACCAGUGGGGAAGACUCAUCCAUCAAUGCGCAUGUACUGGUGUGCACCGAAAGAACUGCCUCAAGUGCAGGGUGGCGAUUCAGACUUUGUCAACUUGACGGGUGGAGAUGUAGACGGUAGUGUAGUCGCUGAUGAGGAUCUUCUGAGGUACUCACUGAAGCAGCAAGAGGAAGAAUCAAACGGCCUCCAGUACCCCAAGAAUGUAAGGGCCAGUCUUCUGAUGGGCUAUGCAGUGCACGGGGAAGUAAUUUUGGCUGCCGUGGGCGGGGACUGGACGAGUCACGGGAAACUGUACGCUUUGGAUAUCACACCGUCUACCUUCUACAGAAUGCUGCUCCAAAGGUUUCCUCAAGGAAGCUACAAGGUUAGUCGUGGAGCAAUUUUGGCAACAAAGCUUCCGAAUGUAUUUUCCAGUAGGGCUCAGUGGAAGGGGAUGUCUCCUCGAGCUCUCUUAAUCGAGUUUUGUCAGUAUCACCGGCUCCCUGAACCUGUCUUCGCUCUAACAGCGAUCGGAACUUCAUCUACUGAGCCUCCUGGAACGCCACCCUCUGAAUCAUCAGAUGUUCGAACAGAUGUAGGUGAAGUCGAUGAACCCAAGGAUACGAAGUCCUCUGAGUCGGACGAUCGCCCGUGCGAGGGUAGUGAUACGAGGAACGAUGAGGAAAGCAACGCCGCAGGCAUGCAGGGCGGUCCAUUUACCUGUAAGGUUAGGGUUGAGUGGCAGAAAGGGUCUCCUGUCGAAUUCGAAUCAGACGGUCCUUACAGGAAUCGUCAUGAUGCUCAACAAAGUGCCUCUUUGAAAGCUUUACAUCAGUUCGAUUCUUGGUUCGAGAGCUGUAUGAACGGCGCCUACGAACCAGUACUUGCCGAUAAAACUAACGGGGACGUGGACAAAGACCCCUUGAUAACGGAUGCUGACGAUUUUGCCGGUAUAGAUAUAAGGGACUGCUGGGAUCCAGCUGACGAGGGAUUCUUUGAGGCUGAAGAAGUGGAGGAUAUUUCCCAGACCGACAAGACACCUCCCGCUGGGUCGAUGGUUACAGUACGGUACACUGUGAGGUGGUAUAAUGAUGCAGAUUGUCCAGAAGAGUCGGUGAGCAACUUGUUGGAGAAGCAUGAAAAGUUUGAGUUCGAGCUUGGUGGUGGAGCAGUUAUUGGGGCUUUGGAUUCCCUUGUUUCGAAGAUGUCCGUGGGGGAGACGGCGUGCGUGACCACAUCUUCACCCGCGAUCGGCCUGCUCAGUGCUUUAGCCUAUGAUAUUGGUGAUAAGAGGGUUUUAAUGGAGUCUGGGAGUGUCAUGUACACUGUGCGUCUCAUGAAGUAUGUCGAAGCACCAGAGGAGCGAAUGGAAGCAGCACAUUUUAAGCCAUCUCUGUCCAAACAAAGGGUUGAAUAUGCUCUUCAAGUUAUCAAGGAUCAGCGGGCUAAGUCUUUGAUAGACUUAGGCUGUGGAUCAGGAAGUUUGCUGGAGUCGUUACUGGAACAACCCACCGAUCUUCGAGAAUUGGUCGGUGUGGACGUUUCUCACAAAAGUCUCAUUCGAGCUGCUAAGUUAUUGACUCUAAAGCUGAAAAAUGAGAAGAUGGCGGGCAAGGAGUCCCUUGAAAAGAUUGACUUGUAUGAAGGAUCAAUUGCAGACUAUGAUCCUCGAUUGGGAGGCGCAGAUGUCGCAGUUUGCAUUGAGGUGGUGGAGCACAUGGAUCCGGAACCUCUUGAGAAGUUUGGCAGUACAGUUCUCGGUAUGCUUCGACCACAAGUUUUGAUUGUGUCCACACCCAAUUUUGAAUAUAAUCCUAUCUUGCAAGGCCUCCCUUGGGAUCCUUCUACAAACUCUUUGAAAAGCCAAGUAGAAGUUAUCGAUGGACUAGAGUCCGAUGUUAAGCAGAUCAGACUGUCCGAUCAUGAAUUGAAUGGAUGCAACAGCGAUAUAUCUUCCCUUCGCUCAGUUAAGUUCAGAAAUGAGGAUCAUCGGUUUGAGUGGACAAGGUCUGAAUUUCGAGUUUGGGCUUCAAAUAUGGCUGUUGACCAUAGUUAUGAUGUAAAGUUUUCUGGAGUUGGUGGGUCGGGGGAGGAUGAAGGGCCAGGCUACGCGUCACAGAUUGCGCUUUUCACUAGGAGAAAGCAGCAGCCUUCGCUUGCAAAUGGCUGCCCGCAGUCCAAGGGUAUAGCUGCAGAUGAAGUUCAUUUAAAGCUGUGGCAUUGGGCUUCUGGCCCGUAAUAAGAUGCAGUCCAAUGUGUAUUCGCCUGCAACGUUUUUGAUGCUUUUAGGAAGAGAAUAUCGAGCGAUCGCCGCUCAGCAAGAGGCAGUUCAAUUCAAGUAGUUAGGAGAAAAGGUGGAGCUUCCAUAGCUUCCAUAGAGUUUGUACAAAAUUUUGAGUUGUGACAGUAAUGACAUGGCGGGGUUUUGCUGGAAAUAAGAGUGUGGUCAACACCGAGAGAUGUAUAUCUUCACGAUUACAAGGCUUUUUCUCCAGGC